AGCUAUUCGUUGGCAGGUUUCUGUGCUUGCCACAGGUCUUGCUUGCUUCUCUGUAUUAGAGUCUAGUGCUUGUUAGCGGCUCCUAUUUGCUGUAGUUAGCAUCAUGUUUUGCUGUGCCUGGGAACAUUUUGAUAAGAGCAAAGGCCAUGUCCCUGGGCUGGCAAAUUGCCAGGGCAUUGCUGUUUUUUUCCUGUGCUGCUGACUGCUGGACAGGCUGCAAUUGCAGCGUCUCAGGUCAGAGGGGAGUUGUGACUUCUGAGAACGUCCACACUGCAGUACUACCCCUACCGGAAUUGCAACCCUUGGUCAGGAGCAGGGGCAAGGGUGAGGAGUCCAUUGCAAAGAUCAGUCUGAUAGUCUGGUCCAAAGGGAAAAAGGGUGAAGACUGGAAUGGAUCGACCCUUAAGUUGUAACCCAUGAUUUGAGUUGCGUGUUGUAGGAAGUACUGCAGCAGGAACCACUCAAACUGAUGAAGAAUGAGCUUCACAAAAAGCCACGCAAGUGCAGCAGUGAGCCAACCUGAGCUGACUUCGGCUGCCAGUAACAUCACACCACCUCUCCUGUCCUGUGACCACUAUAACAGAUGGAACCCAAGUCAUGAAGAUAUGUCCAUGGACAUUUCAGGAACAUUUUACAAAGUUUCUGCUAGUUGCUUUGGUGGUUGUGUCGCUGGGACUAGGUUUGGGACUCGGACUAAACCGUGGAGCCCAGGAGCAAGUCAGCUGCAGGCACAAAUGUGACCAGCCCUAUCGGAAAGAGGUGGCAGGCUGCCAGUGUGACAGUGGGUGCAAAGAGCGUCAAAACUGCUGCUGGGAUUACGAAGAUGCCUGUGUGGAGCCAACCCGAUCUUGGAGAUGCACUAAUUUCCGUUGUGGUGAGAAAAGGCUGCCUGGAAGUUAUUGUUCUUGUUCUGAUGACUGUCUGCAGAAUAAAGACUGCUGUGUAAACUACAACAGCAUUUGCAAAGGUGAAAUACCUUGGGUAGAAGAACCAUGUGUACCACUUGAAACUCCUCAGUGUCCAGCUGGGUUUGACAUGCCACCACUUAUCCUUUUUUCAAUGGAUGGCUUUAGAGCAGAAUACUUGCAAACUUGGAGUUCUUUGCUGCCAAAUAUUGAAAAACUCAAAACAUGUGGCACACAUUCAAAAUACAUGAGAGCUGCUUACCCCACAAAAACUUUUCCAAACCACUAUACUAUUGUCACAGGAUUGUAUCCAGAAUCUCAUGGUAUUAUUGAUAACAGCAUGUAUGAUGUAGACUUGAACAAGCAUUUCUCACUUUCAGGGACCGAAAAAUUCCAGCCUUCGUGGUGGAAGGGACAGCCGAUGUGGCUGACAGCAAUGUAUCAAGGUUUGAAAGCAGGCACAUUCUUUUGGCCAGGCUCUGAUGUUCCCAUUAAUGGUACAUACCCGGACUUGUACAAGAUAUACAACAAUUCAGUUACAUAUGAAGAGAGAAUUUCAGGAAUACUGAAAUGGCUUGAUUAUAGCAAAUCUGAAAGGCCUGAUUUCUACACUUUGUAUAUUGAAGAACCAGAUUCUUCUGGACAUUCAUUUGGACCAGUUAGUGCUGGCGUAAUCAAAGCCUUACAGCUAGCAGAUCAAGCACUAGGAAUGCUAAUGGAGGGACUUAAACAGAGAAACCUGCACAAUUGUGUAAACCUCAUUGUUUUAGCUGAUCAUGGGAUGGAUAUGACCUACUGCAGCCAAUUAGAAUACAUGACUGAUUACUUCAAACAGGUUGAUUUCUACAUAUAUGCUGGGCCUGCAGCUCGCAUUCGAGCAAGCAAUGUUCCUCAGGACUACUAUACUUUUGACUCAGAAGGAAUUGUUAAAAACCUCACAUGCAAAAGAUCCCCUCAGCACUUCAAGCCUUAUCUGACACCUAACCUGCCAAAACGGUUCCAUUAUGCUAACAACAUUCGUAUUGACAAAGUUCAUCUUUUGGUGGAUCGACAGUGGCUGGCUGUAAGGGACAACAGUUACACGUUUUGUGAUGGAGGUAACCAUGGCUAUGACAAUGAAUUUAAAAGUAUGGAGGCUAUAUUCCUAGGAUAUGGCCCAAGUUUUAAAGAAAAAACAGAAGUGGAUGCUUUUGAAAACAUUGAAGUUUACAACCUUAUGUGUGAUCUGCUACAUAUUACACCAGCACCAAACAACGGAACGCACGGCAGCUUAAACCACCUGUUAAAAAAACCGUUUUACAGUCCUUCAUAUGCAAAAGAGGAGUCAUCUCCUUUAUCAUGUCCAGUUUCCAGUCUGACUCCUGCAGAUAAAUUGGGAUGCACAUGCAAUAUCACAGAUUCUUCAAUAAUAAACAAGAGGUUAAAUCUCACCACAGAUGAAAUAAAGAGUGCAACCUCAUACCAUUUGCCAUAUGGGAGACCCAAAGUUCUUCAGAAGAACAGCAUUUAUUGCCUCCUUCCCCAUUAUCAGUAUGUGAGUGGAUACAGCCAUGAUAUCUGGAUGCCACUGUGGAGUGCAUACACUGUGAAUAAGCCUGAAAGCACAUCUACUCUUCCUCCCACUGUUUCAGACUGUCUGCGGGCUGAUGUUAGAAUCCCUGUUGCUCAUAGCCAAAAUUGUUCCGACUACCCAGAAGGGCUGAACUUGACAUAUGGUUUCCUCUAUCCUCCCAACUUCAGUUCAUCUGUUCUUGAACAGUACGAUGCCUUACUCACCAGCAAUAUUGUUCCCAUGUAUGAAGCUUUCAGAGAUAUAUGGAACUAUUUCCAUAAUGUGCUUCUUCAAAAGUAUGCUAGAGAAAGGAAUGGAGUAAAUGUUAUCAGUGGACCAGUGUUUGAUUACAAUUAUGAUGGCCAUUUUGACACUCUUAAUGAAAUUACACAGCAUGUAAACAACACACAAAUCCCUAUCCCAACCCAUUACUUUGCGGUUCUGACUAGCUGCAAGAACAAAUCCUAUACUCCCCUGAACUGUACAGGCUCUUUGGAUGUUCUGUCUUUUAUCAUUCCUCAUCAACCUGACAACACUGAAAGCUGUGCUGAAAAUAGGUUGCCUUCUGAAUGGGUUGAAGAAAGAGUUCAGGCUCAUUCGGCACGUGUUCGUGAUGUGGAGCUGCUAACUGGGCUUGACUUUUACCAGGAAAGACAGGAAUCUGUCUCUGAGAUCUUACAGCUAAAGACUUAUUUGCCAACAUUUGAGACUGAAAUUAACUGACUUUGCAUUUGAAAAGUGGUAUGUGGAAGAAAGAAAAUCAAAGUGAUUUCCUUGCUAAGUUAUGCAGGAAACAUGGGUACAGCUCCUAUGUACAACACAUAACUACUUUUGUUGUCAGAUUCCUGUUCUUCGGUCAACUGUUUUGUAUGAACCGAAUAAAAAUUACCUUAAUUUACUUAAAUUGUCAUUGCUAAGCCAAGUUUUCUAAAUAGGGAAUAUUUCAAUGCAAAUGGUUUGGGGAAGAGCAAACAAACAACACCUGUAAUAGGAACAUGUUUCAUAGUAGAGAACCCAGAACUGUAAGCUGCAUAGAAACUUUCUGGAAUGGGGCUGGAAAGUGAAACUGUUUGAGAGGAGUGCGUGUGCUUUUCCCCUUGUGUUUAUCAGUGAGGUUAAGGUUAUCUAAUACGCAUAUGCCCUGGAAUGUUCUGAAUUCUUCUUUCUCAUCCAAUUCACACGGAAACUACUAUGUACUUAAAAAA